GGUGGCGGCAGUGCAGUUUGUAACGCAGCGCACCAGCUGCCAACACAAACAAAAAGGAAAAAGAAGAAGAAGAAGAAGAAGAAGUGGUGGUGGAAAGGAUUGCUUAGCCUGAAUGUGCCUCCAAAUAUGUGACAAACGCGAGGUUACGCAAACUCCGGAGACACUCUCCACUUUGACUGCCAUUUACUGCACAGCAUGGCGGGCUCUCAGUGUGUUCGGGACGUGGACACAAAGCCGAGGAGGACUGCUGCUGUCUCUGCUGCUCUGCUUGUUAUUGUAGCUAGCGCCAGCGCUAGCUGAGUUAGCAUUGACCGUGCUCGUCUUCGACCUCGGCUGGAGCCGAUGUUGAUUCAUCGCUGCGGGGCAGAAAAACCCGCACAGACGAGGUAACUGUGGAGCUGGCUGCGGCCGUAAACAACUGACCUGAGCGAUGUUUAUGUCACGUUACGUAAUUGGCAGCCGCCAGUGUUUUAGGCGAGCCUGUAGUGCACGGUGACGUUUCUCGACGAGUAAAAAUUAAGCACACACCGCUGCAUGCUUUCAGAGGAGACAGCUCAGUUACAAUGGUUUAACAGCCUGAUGCAGCAUGCAUGAGCUCUAAGCGUUAUUGCUGUCUGCACGGUUGUUGUUGUUUUUCUUUGAGAUGGAGCAGCAAAUAGCAGCCGGAGAGAGGGCUCCGGUUCUUCACAACACAUCGCAGUGAGUAAAGUCUGUGCAAGAGGACGGGGAUCAUGUCUUGCAAAGCCGCAAAGGACAAGAAGUCCAGCUUCAGCAAGAAGCUGUUCAGGCGAGGCUCUGUGCGCUCUGUGGGCAGCUUCAUGAGCAGAGUCCUAAGGACACUGACGGCGCUGUCUCACUUUGGAUCUGAAGUGCAAACAGAGGAAGAGAAAGAUGAUGGAGGCUUCUCCACCUUCAAACCUGGGAGUAAAGAUGUGCCCAUGGAUGAUGGGGAUCUCAGUUUCCUAUCCGGAGAGAGGAUUCCUGGGGUGUCUGGGCUUAAAAACCACGGGAAUACCUGCUUCAUGAAUGCCAUCCUGCAGUGCCUCAGUAACACUGAACUCUUUGCUGAGUACCUGGUUUUGGAGCACUAUAAAGACGACGAGCUGGACGAGGCGAAACCAAAAACGAACGGCGUGCAUCUGCAGAAGAAGGGUCCUCUGGCCAAAGGAGAAGUCACAGAGCAGCUGUCUGGACUUGUGCGUGCUUUAUGGACGUUUGAGUACACCCCCCAGCACAGCAGGGACUUUAAGAACGCCGUGUCGAAAAAUGCCACCCAGUUUAAAGGAAAUGCUCAGCACGAUGCUCAAGAGUUUCUACUGUGGCUGCUGGACAGGGUCCACGAGGACAUCAACACAGUCAACCCCAACAGCAGGCCUCCUAUAAAGCCACCUAUUGAAGAAGAUGACCAAAGCUUAGAGGGGCCAUCACCUCCUCUCUCUGCUGGGUCGUUUGUACAAGAACUGUUUCAGGCUCAGUACAGGUCUUCUCUCACCUGCCCACAUUGCCAAAAGCAGAGCAACACGUUUGAUCCCUUCCUGUGCAUCUCCUUACCGAUCCCACUGCCACACACACGGCCCCUGUAUGUGACGGUGGUCUACCAGGGGAAGUACUCUCACUGCAUGAGGAUUGGAGUUGCUGUUCCCCUCAACAGCACGGUCUAUCGCCUCAGAGAUGCUGUGUCACGUGAGACCAAGAUCCCAAUGGACCAGUUUGUUUUGACUGAAAUGUACUACGAUGGUUUUCACCGUUCAUUUUGUGAUGAUGAUGACGAUCUUGACAUCAUUCAAGAGAGCGAUUCCAUAUUUGCCUUUGAGACACCAGAGACCUUCAAACUGGAAAACAUUCGCACAAAAAGAGGAAGUCUUCUGGCAAACCUGAAUCAUAACAACUUGAAGUAUGGGACAGAAAUCAGCAGGACUCCAUCUUUCAUGCAGGGAGCCAUGACUCCUUUAACUGCAUCACCCAAUAAAAACGUGGCACCUGAAAAAAUGAUCCUACUGGUGUGUAACAGAGCUUGUAGCGGCCACCAAGGAAAAAGAUUUGGGCUGCCUUUUGUACUGUACAUGGAGCGCACUGUGACCUGGGAUGCUCUACAGAAAGAGAUCCUGGAGAAAAUGCGUCAUUUAUUGAGGCCUGGGGUCUACAUUCAGGUUGGACCUUUCAGCCUCCGGGUGGUUGGCGUUGUUGGUAUUACCUACCUCCUUCCUCAAGAUGAGCGACCACUGUGUCACCCAACUGUGGAUAGAGCAUACAAGUCCUGUGGACAAGGGGGGCCACCACAUGUGAAAAUUGUGGUAGAGUGGGACAAAGAGACCAAGGACUAUCUGUUUGGACACACUGAGGAGGAGUACAUUCCUGAUGCUGAGAGUGUGUAUCUGCACAGAGAACAACAUCAUCAGCCCCAGGCCUGCACCCUCGCCCAGUGCUUUCAGCUCUACACCAAGGAGGAGCAGCUGGCCCCAGACGAUGCCUGGCGCUGUCCUCACUGCAAGCAGCUGCAGCAGGGCCGCAUUAAGCUCAGCCUGUGGACGCUGCCGGAUGUGCUCAUACUGCAUCUGAAGAGGUUCAGACAGGAGGGGGACCGGAGGGUGAAGAUGCAGAACAUGGUGAGGUUCCCGCUGAUGGGCAUGGACAUGGCACCUCAUGUGGUCAAGAGAAGCCAGAGCAGCUGGAGUUUACCUUCCCACUGGUCGCCAUGGAGACGGCCAUAUAGCUUGGGAAGAAACCCAGAUGACUACCUGUAUGACCUGUAUGCUGUGUGCAACCACCAUGGGAACAUGCACGGAGGCCACUACACAGCCUACUGUAAGAACUCCAUUGAUGGUCAGUGGUACUGCUUUGACGACAGCGAGGUUUCGCCAGUAGCUGACGAUGACGUGUGUCAGCAGACGGCCUAUAUACUGUUCUACCAGCGCAGGACGGCUAUUCCCUCGUGGUCGGCCAACAGCUCUGUUGCUGGUUCCACCAGUUCAUCCCUGUGUGACCACUGGGUCAACCGGUUACCUGGCAGUAGACCUGCCAGCUUGGCCUCUGGAGCCUCAUCCAGACGCACCUCUCUGGCAUCACUGGCUGAGUCUGUGGACUUUCCAGGAGAACGCAGUGAAGAUGACGGAGGAUUCUCUGUCCGCCCUUUUGUAAGGAGCAUCCAGCGUCAGAGCUUGUCCUCGAGGUCGUCCAUCGCCAGCCCUUUAGCCUUCAGCGACAGUGGGAUAAAGCCCUCUUGGUCUCUGUCUGCGAAGCUGCACAUGAGAUCCAACUCACCUUCACGAUUCUCCCUCGACUCGCGAUGUUCUCCUCCUUUAGAGAGGAUAGGAGAGGCCGGUGAUGAUAAAGUUUCCACGUCAUGUUUUGGCAGCUACAGUAGACAUGAACGCUACUUUGGCAGUAGGUCUCCCCUCUCUAUGAUGGAGAGCAACUUGAGUGACCAGGACAACAAUAAGCGGUUCCUAGACAUGAUGUACUGCAGGGCUCCCACUCCAGUGGAGAAGAAGAGCACCAAAAAUGAGCCAACUGAAAACAACAACCAGAUUACAGCUAUAGACCAAAACAUCUUACCCGCCCAAGGUACUCCCCCCAAAGAACAGAAACGUAAGAGCAGUAUCGGAGGAUUUGGCCAAAAGGCAGAAGGCACAGGCUCCAUAAAGAGUUCCAGCAAAGUGGAGCAAGAGAAAUCCUCCAAAAAACGUUUGUGCUCAACCCACAAGACCUCCACUUCUGAAACACCUUCCACUACACCUGUGAAAGGAAAAAAGACAAGCAAUACUAAAGAAAAGAGUGCAAGUGCCAAGAAAAGCACCUCUACGCCCAGUGGAACCCCGUCAAAAACGAAGGAGGCAACGCAACCUGUAGAGGCAACGCCACAACAUAAGCCAUGCGUCCGCUCCACACCUCAGUCCUCAGCUUCUCCCUCGCCAACAACAAAGAAGGGUUCCAGUGUCGCUGAUAAAAGCACCACAAGUAGUCGGAAGAAAAUGGUAGAGAGGAGCUACAGUAGAGAUUCUAUGCACACUAGUCCCCUGGUCGAUGGUCACCGGGGCAGCUCGCUAGCCCGGUCUUCGCUGUCCAAGAGUGGGGAAAGCAACCGACCUGAGAGGAGAUUUUUGAGGAGCUCCAGCAGCAGCUCUUCUGUGACCAGCCUGCGCUCACCCAGUGUAUCCACCAGAGACCUGCAGCGCAGCAGCAAACCUGAGGAAAAAGGGUUGUCUUUCUUCAAGAGUGCCCUCCGACAAAGGGAAAGCCGCCGGUCGGCUGAUUUAGGAAAAAGCAGCAUGCUUGCCAAAAAGUCGUCAGAGAGGACAUGCAAGCAGAAUGGACAAGCCAAGGACAUCAGCGGUGAUAAGGGAAAGACAGGAGAUACUGUGUCUUCCCAGACAUCUAUAGAGACUCACGGAAAUGAGACAAAGUCAGAGACAAAGGCGUCUUCCAAGCCCCCCGGCUCUCUCAGUCGCACUCUAUUAAACGUUGGCAAAUCCAAGUCUUCCACUUCUGAAGUAAGUCUCAAGUCUCCCGCAAAUGGGAAGAAGCCUCUAGAAAGGAUGGCAUCUUCCCGAAAGCUGUCAUCAAGCAUGCAAUCUCCUGCACGUACAACACAGAGGCCUCAAUGAUACAUGCAUAAGUAUAUUAAACUUACAUAAUGCAGCUAUUUUCUUUGUGCCUAAGUUUCAGUGUGCAGCAGAUACAUUUUUGAUGUUAUGCUUUUUUUUGACACUGACAUCAGAUUCAAAUGCUGGUUUUGAGGUUUGGAUAUUGGCAGCCAGCCUUGAGUAUUUUAGCUGUGCUGGAUAAUAGCUAAAGAACUGCAAUACAUUUGUAUGCAAAAAAAAUCCUGAUAUGUUUCCAAUUGUAGUUUUUAAAGCAGUGUAUUCUAGUCUAUUCUAGCAUACAUGAGUACAUGAGCAUGCCAUAUGCAUUCAGCCGUACAGCACAACCUGUUCGAUUGUGUGCACUGGAAUCCUCUGUGACAUCUUGAAAUCCAAUUAUCUUUCCUUCAGACAAGAGGCUUGUUAUAUCUUUGCAUCGCUGCAGUAUGUUUAGUUUGCUUAUAAAAUAUCCUGCUGAUUUAAAAUGCAGCAGUUUAUACCCUUUAAAAAAAAAAAUAAGUGGAUUUCUUACCCACUUAAUUUUGGGGGGUUUCUGUCUUUUAGUUUGUCCUUAAAUUGAUUUUCUUAUAUGCACCAAGAAUGCAUAAUUUGUCUUGUAAAGUAACUUCUGAAGUGAUGCAUUCUUCAGAUUUCAGAUGGAAAUUAGCUGGCUGCCAAUCCUCAAACCUCACCGCUGUUAUAUAAAGCAUUUUAAAUCCCACAUCAGUGAGAACAGAACCAUAACAUCAAAAACAUUAUCUGAACAAAAACUGAAACUGAGUUGAUAUGCUCAUUCGCACACACUUACAAAAGAGUUUCAUUCCGAAAUAACUGUGGCUGAGCGUUCGUAGUAGUUUUCAUUUAUUGUUUCAAAACCUACAAUCAGUUUUUCACACACUUUCUCCAAACACCCCACGCAUUGGUUAAUAGGGGUAUGAGUGGUUUUUGUCUGAAGCUAUGGAGGAAAAGACAUUAGUAAACUAUAUGUACUGAUAAGUAAUGUCACGUUUUGGAUCUUGAGAGUAUUGAGGAUUGAUGCAUAACUGAAAAUCCAAUAUUCACCUUCCUGAUUAUCAGAAACAGAAUAGAAAUACAAAGGGGGUGGCACCUGGACCAAAACAGAAAAGGGAUUUGAGAUGAAAACGAAUGUUGGGACAUAUAUUGAGACGAUUUAAAACUUUAUUUUUGUUAAAUACCAGUACUUUUUCGACAGAAAUGUAUUUUAUCAAGUUCGCUACUUUUUUCUCAAAAGGACGCCGUGUUUUGGAAUGAAACCCUUUAAAAUCAAAGUAUAUAAAUAUAUAUAAAUAUGUGUGUGUCUGUACAGAUAUUGACAAAGUAUAUAGUAUAUAACCCAUUUUUUUCUCUUCCAUGAGCAAGAUGAAAAUGAUCUUAAGCGCCUUUCAAUGCUGUACAUGGAAACAAAUAAUUGCCUUUGGCAACAUUGUAGUCUACUACUGUAUGCAUCACUGAGUAGGAAUGUUGUAUUGUUCGCACUUUGUAUAGAUAAAGUAGUUUUCUUUUACCCAGAACAGUCUCAUAUAAACCCACACUAACUUAAUAAUGUAAUUAUCUCAUUUUUAAUAUGUUGUUUAAUAUGAGUUCAAGACAUAUUGUAAAGUGUCGUCAUCAGGCCUUAGACUUGAAAUGGUAAAAGGGUACGUUCAUCUCAAUGUUUUCAGGGGACAUUUUAAGAAAUCACCUCUUUACUACACCUGGUGCUGUAACAGACCGAUACUCCUCUGGCACUGAUAUUUCUUAAAUGAGCAUAAUUUCAAAUGGUGAUGUUCAGAACUGUGACCACACACUUCAGUGAACCAGAAACCUGUCGGCAGCAUUUAUCAUAACCUGUGGUACCUCUCUAGAGAAGACGAUACUUAACCAUUUUUUUUUCUUCAUCAGGCUGAAACAGAAUAUUGAUAAUGAGCCAUUUAAUUAAUCAUAGAACUACAUGUAUAUUGUCUUUGUGCAGUUGUUGUCCAAAUCUAGAUAUGCGCUCCAAAUUAUCUCAACUGAUAGACACUGCGUGGUUCUUUCGAGGAAAAAUGAUAGAAGCAGCGGCAGGAUAUGGUCACUGCAGCUGAUGCGAUGCUUGCUGGUCUCGUUUUGAACAAUCAGUUUUAUCAUUGUGGAUUAACCCCACCUGCAGUUGCAAUAUUCAUACAUUAGAUACCAGCAUAGUGUAUGUUUUGAAUGAGGGAAUGUGGUUAUGCCAUUGAAAUCCAAGCAUUAGUAAGUACUUUUUACUUUAAACAUUUACUUCAAACACAGAUCUACAGUAUUCCAUUCAACUGUUUCUCUGUAGCAUCUACCAGGUUUACAUUGGUUCUCAGAUGGUUUCGGUAGGAAAUACCACUCAGUUAAGAUCUACGUAUGUUAUUUGAAUGGUCAGUGCAGGGAUUCAGCAGAGAGGUCAGAGAGGUUUUGAUUUUGGACUAUCUGGUACAAAUCAAUCAAUUGCAACACAUUUGCGGCACUUUUUUUUUGGUGACCUUUGUGAAAGCCUGAGAACAAACUUGUUGUCUGACCAGAUAAUAUUUGUAACUCUUAAGAUUCACAACAAACUGUUCACCGAUCCACUGCUGACUGGUAGAAUUGGUAUAUGGUGACACUUUUGAUCCAAAUUAUACUCAGCAUUUAAUAGCCAUCUGGCGUUUUACUAAUUAGGCCAUAGAAACAACAAAAACACAAACAUAAAUCAUGUAUUUGUUUACUCCUACCUGGGGUGGAACUGAAAUAAAUUUCUCUCCCAAGACAUGAAACCAGAGCAGGGCUUCAGGAUUGUGUCAGUCCAUUCAUCUGUUAAGUGAUGAACAUAAUGACACUAAAAUCUCAAAUUGUAUCCUCAGGAUCUUCAUCACUCUCACGACCUGACCAGCAGCCGAGUCUUCCAAACCAUUGUGGAACCACUUCCACCGUACGAAAAAAUGUAGUCGCUGCUGUGUUCUCACUGUCAUUGACCAUAGAAAUAACAUACUGCUGUUUAAACGUGGUCGUAUUCCUCUUGCUGCUCUUUUCUACUUUACAUUGUAAUCUAUCAGGAACCUGUGCAUGGCACUUUGGAUCAAAGCAGGACACUUUUUUGUAAUUUUACCUGUUUUAACGUCUGUUUUAAGGUAGUAGUGGCUUGUGUGCAUUUAGAGCUGGAUCAUACCAUCGUACUUGUUUGUCCAUUCAUCCACUUGUUCAAUCCAAUAAUGUAGCAAAACCCAGUCCAUUAGGAUACGAGGCCCUUCACUUUUCACAUUUUUGUUUAGAUUUUUGGGGUCAAGGAUCAUCAGACAGUACGAGUUGUUAUCUAUAUUGCUCAUAAUAUUUAAAUAAGGCUCAUAAUUUGAGUAUCCAAACAGUCCUUUUUAUGAGACAAAAGACGUAAUUCUUUUCCUGUACAGAUUUUAAAUCUGCAGCCUCUUCCCUUGUUUUACAACCAUUUUUCAUUCAUCCAUAAUAAUUUUGUUAAUUGCCACCACAUUGCCUACAUUGCUGUUUGUUGUUUUUACAACAUUAGAUGAGACACAAUGGCUCAUUCAGUAGCAGUAGUAAAGAGGUCUGUAGUACAUUGUUGAGUUGAUUUGAAUGUCUACAGUAUCACUUUUGUCCAGUAUAUCACACAAACCUGCUGUUAUUUAUUGACAUGAAUUUUAAUCAGUGGCUUCCAAUCAUAAAAACACUUUUUUUAUUAUGCUUAGGCCAACAUACUAGUAUAGCAAUAAUCCAAUAAUCAUCUAACUCAUCAAUCAGAUGAAUUACAAAGUACUAAAAAGUGCAACGUAGCUGACCUUUGAGAGCUCAAAAGGCCAUUGAAGACCAGCAAAGUACUGGGCUCUAUAUGACAAGUGUGUGUAUAUUCUAAAUACAUACCUGUUGAAACAAGAUGUCAAAAAUGUAUAUCUGAUUUUCCUCUCGAGCUUUCUUCACUGCAGUUAUUGUCUGUGUUUGUUUUGUUUUCAGUUGUCACAGGACAGAAUUGAGGAUGAUUAAGGAAUGUGGUAUCGCAUGAAAACGCUAAUGCAUGUAUUUCAUAAGCUAUGCCAAGUAAAAAAAAGAAAAAGCAAAGCAUGGCUGAUAUAUUCCAUUGCUUAAUUUGCACAUCAUUCCAAUAUUUAGAAUAUUUCAUCUGUACAGUUAAAAGGAUUAAACUUAGACAUCUUGCCAAUAUAAAAUACUAUUUAAUGCCACAUUUGCUUUUAACAUUCUACCAUUUAAUGUUUUUUUAAAUUAUUUUUUCUCAUAAUUUUAUUUUUGAAUUCUGCUGAUCUGUGCUCUCUGGGUGCUCCUACCAAACGGGUGGGUUACUGUUUCUUUUACUUUUGUUUUCUUUGACAAGAUGUUUAAUAAUUACUGUUGUACACCAGCAGAAACAACACUAUGGAUGCGAUAAUCUGAUAUUGUGGUUAAUAAUUAGCCUCAUGUAUGUAUGUGUGUAUGUAUGUAUUGUGAAAAGCCUUCCAUGAAUUCACUUCAGCGAUAAGGUUUGUGAACCCCUGUUGAAAUGUUCUCAGCUGCAUCAAAGAUGUGGUCUGUCUCUAAUAUAAAAGCAACUCAAAUAUAAAUAUAUAUAUAUAGCUAAAUGCAAUAAAGAAAGAUAGUGAAUUUGUAGUUUUAUAUUACAGUAUGUAACGAACAAUGACAUUAAAAUGUAAAUGUUCAGUUAAAACCUUUUGUAUUAUUUAUGCCAUCAAUUGUUUCAAUCAUGAUGUAAUUUUUAUGAUUUUUUUUUAAACCGGCAGUUAAUCUGCAAACUAAUGGCAACUUCCAAACAUGCUUUAAAGCAGCGUCACUAUUUGUUUCUGAUAACUGGUGAAGCGAUUAUAAAACAUCAAUCACUCUAAUGGUUAGCAGAAGUUAAUUAGGAUUAGAGAGUCAGUUCAUUGAGUUAUUGUUGUGACACAGCUGUUUUUUGUUGUUGUUGUUGUUAACAGAGUCACAAAAAGUUCAACUUUUCUCAAGGUGAAACCAAUAAUUAAUGCCGUUAUUUGCAACAUGCGUGUUUGCAUAGACAUUUAACCACUGAAUCAAAGUUGCAAUAACCACUGAAACGGAAGAAUCUGAAUCCGUCAGAUACUGUAGUGUAACAGAGUAUUUAAUAUUAAUAGUAAUACUCAAGAUAAGAAACUUCACUUGUGAGUUUGGGGUCAAAUGUUUGUUUGUUUUUUGGGCGGGGGGUAGAUAUUUGAAGACAUUUUUUCCGAUGUUAACACUACAAACAGACCAUACUGAAACUUUUCAGGAGCCUUAAGUAAAACAAAUAAUGAUGAACGGUUUAUAUGAUUAUUUGAAUGAUACAGAAACUGAGGAGCUGUUGAAUGAAUGAAUGAAUGUCAAUCAAUGAUUGAGUCUCAUUUAGUUCUUUUCCUUAAGCUAACAAAGAACACUACAGUGCUAAAUGCAGAGCACGUCUUCCCUUUGACCUUUUUGUCUUUUACUUAUGAUAUUUUUUUAAUGUAUCAUUCAUAAAGCAUUUUGUAAAAUAUCGUUGCAUUUAUUAUUACUGUAUUCCUUGUUGUACCAGGGUUAUGAGGUUGUUAUUGACUUUACAUUAGGGCCUCUGUUCCAGCAUUUGCGUCUUAAUUUUUUAUCUUUAUUUUCUUUUUCCAAGUGUUGUGACAUUCAGUAGUUUCAACAAGUUCAUAAGAUGGUGUCAAAGUCUUCAAUGUUAAUUUAUUUCUCUUUUGUUAUCAUGUAUGCACUUUUGAUGUUUUUUUUUGUUUUUUUUUAUUUCUCCAAAAGGACAAAUGUGUAUAUACUUUGUUAGUUUACUCAUGCAAGUACAAAAUGAAAAAAUCUGAUUAAAAAUACUGAAAUAA